UAAGGGUGCUUAGACCAUGGAAAGGACUAAGAAGAUUACUUAUUGAUAAAAAUAAAUAAAUAAAUAAAGGACUAACAAGGUUGAGUCUAAUAGGUGGGUUUGUGCUCUGCCCCUAUCUCCUCGCUGCGGCAUCCGCUGUUUGUGUUUGUGCUCUUCCCCCAUCUCCUCUCUGCAACAUAUACAGAAGCAAACGGAUAUAUUGACAGAUUAAACAUGGGACGAUCGUUUCACCUGACAGGUGCUGGUAUUGACCGGCUUGACGGAGACAAUUAUUUGGAUUGGAGUUUUCAAGUGAAAACGUAUUUGAUGGCUCAAGAUCUCUGGAACAUUGUGGAAGCAACUGACGAAUCUACAAAUGCAGAAUAUGAUCCAUGUUGGACCAAGCAGAAUGCCAUGACUUUACAUGUGAUCCAUGUUUACUGCGGGCGCCGCUUUUCUUCCUUGAUUUGGAUGAUUACUUCGGCCAAAUUUGCUUGGGAUACUUUGGCAGCAAUGUUCGAACUCCCCAGAAGUAGUUACAUAGUUGAUGAGGAAGAAACUCCUGAGGCUUGGAGCGUUCGAAUGAAAACAUAUUUGAUGACUAUAGAUCUUUGGGACAUUGUUGAAGCAACCACUGAGCCUCCUGCGCCAGAAGAUGAAAUUGCGUUUAAUGCUUGGAGAAAGAAGAAUGCCAUGGCUUUAUAUUUGAUUGAGGAAUCUUCCUCGAAAUUCUUCGAUGCUUACUCCAAUACUGAGAGUAAUUUUGCUUUCAAUAAUUUUGAUUCCACUGAUCACAGAGCGGCCAAAAUUUAUUGGGAACUAUUGGAAGAAAAGCUGUCCAAGGAAACAGCCCAAACAAAAGGGACCAUUGUACACAUUGAUGAAGAAAAAGCUAGAAGAGGACGAGAAGAAAGAAGAAAUAGAAGAUUAAUCAUGGAACGCUCGUGUCACCGGACAGGUGCUGGUAUUGACCGGCUUGACGGAGACAAUUAUUUGGAUUGGAGUUUUCAAGUGAAAACGUAUUUGAUGGCUCAAGAUCUCUGGCACAUUGUGGAAGUAACUGACGAAUCUACAAAUGCAGAAUAUGAUCCAUGUUGGACCAAGCAGAAUGCCAUGACUUUACAUGUGAUCCAUGUUCACUGCGAGCCCCGCUUUUGUUCCUUGAUUAGGCUGAUUACUUCGGCCAAAUUUGCUUGGGAUACUUUGGCAGCAAUAUUCAAACUCCCCAAAAGUAGUUACAUAGUUUAUGGGAAUGAAACUCGUGAGGCUUGGAGCGUUCGAAUGAAAACAUAUUUGAUGACUAUAGAUCUUUGGGACAUUGUUGAAGCAACCACUGAGCCUCCUGCGCCCGAAGACGAAAUUGCGUUUAAUGCUUGGAGCAAGAAGAAUGCCAUGGCUUUAUAUUUGAUUACGGAAUCUUCCUCGAAAUUCUCCAAUGGGAGUGAUUACUACGUUGCUGGGGGUGAAUUUGUUUCCAUUGAUUUUGACUCCACUGAUCACAGAACGGCCAAAAUUUGUUGGGAAAUAUUGGAAGAAAAGCUGUCCAAGGAAAGAGCCCAAACAGAAGGGACCAUUGUACACAUUGAUGAAGAAGAAGCUGGAAGAGGACGAGAAGAAAGAAGAAAUAGAAGGUUUAAACUUUCAAGUGGUCACGACUUUAGAAAAAUUGCAAUAAUCAGAUCGAAAAAUAACGGACGUUGUAACGAAAUCACGGGCCACCAUGACGACCAAAGCACAAACAGCAGUGGUUCUGAAUCUUCUGAUACGGACGAUGAAUAUGCUGCAUACAUGGACUUAUACAAGGCUGUGCAGAGUAAUGAUUGGAAUGCUACAGAGGAGUUCUUUAGGGAACACCCAGACACAAUUGACAAAAAAAUCACUCCUAGGGGCAAGACGGCUCUUCACGUUGCUGUUGCUGCUGGACAUGUGAAUAUGGUAAACGAGUUGGUGGAGCGAAUGUCGGAAGUGCAGUUGCUGAUUGAAGAUUUGAAUGGUCUCACAGCUCUAGAUGAGACGACUUUGGUUGGAAACCAAGAGAUGGCUGAUUGCAUUCUCAUAAAGAACAGUAACUUGGUGAGUAUUGGAGAUAAACGUAAGCACAAUCCAGUUGUUCUGGCUCUUGCCAAUGGGCAUAUGAACUUGGCUCGCUAUCUCUAUUUGAAAGCUCGGCCGGGCUAUUUAGAGCCAGAAAAUGGCGACCAUGGUGCUCCACUUUUAACGGAGGCUAUAUAUAACAGAAAUUUGGAUAUUGCUUUGGACAUAAUCCGGCGUUUUCCAGAGUUGGCUAUUGCUCGAGACAGAGCGAAACGCACACCUUUGCUUGCACUCGCUUCCAUGCCUUACUUAUUCUCCAGUGAAAAUUCGCUUGUUUUCUGGAAACGAUGGAUCUACUCCAGAAUAGACAUUCAGUCCACUCUUACCACCAAUGAAACACGUUUGGACGUUCCAGAAACAGAAGAACGGACAAGUGAUCGAUCAAGUAUUGUCCAAUUAGUGCUAGCUCUAUUGCGCCAACUAAUUUCAAAUCUCCAAAAGUACUUAGGAAUCAAGCACUUAUAUGAAAUGAAGUUGCUCAACAUCCAAUCCCGGGAACUUAUGAGUUGCAUGUGCGAAGUAGUAUCACAGCCAAAUCUACGAGAAAGGAAGUGGAAGUACAUUAAUGAAGCAAUCUUCAAGGCUAUCAAGCAUGGGAUUUUUGAGUUUGUUUCUGACAUAGUAAAAAGAAACCCAGCACUUCUGUGGAACCGCAAUUCCGAUGGAUUGACUAUAUUUCAAUAUGCUGUCCUAUGUCGCGAAGCUAAAAUUUUUAGCCUUAUGUACAAGCUUGAUGCGAAGAAUGCUGUGUUGAGUCGUACAGAUGACAAUGGCAAUAACAUAUUACAUAUGGCUGGGAAGCUAACCAAAUCCACGAAGCUAAAACGCAUCCCAGGUGCAGCUUUGCAGAUGCAAAGAGAACUACAAUGGUUUAAGGAGGUAGAGGCCGUUGUCCGUCCCAAGAUUAGGGAAACUACAAACAAGAGAGGUUUGACUCCACGAGAAUUGUUUACAGAGGAGCACAAGGACAUGAUGAAAGAUGGAGAGGAAUGGAUGAAAAAUACAGCAACUUCGUGUACGGUGGUGGGUACUCUCAUUAUUACCAUUAUGUUUGCUGCAGCUUUUACCGUUCCUGGUGGUAACAACCAAAAUACAGGCUAUCCAAUCUUCUCAGAAAAAAAAUUAUUUAUGCUCUUUAUUAUAGCUGACUCUCUUUCACUCUUUUCUUCAUCGACUUCAGUCAUGAUGUUUUUGGGAAUCCUUACAUCACGUUAUGCAGAAGAAGACUUCCUUAAAUCCUUGCCAACAAAGAUGAUAAUAGGUCUUGCCACCCUUUUCUUCGCUAUUACAACCAUGAUGAUAGCUUUUUCUGCUGCUCUUUUAAUUAUGCAAAGUGGAAAUUCAUGGAUUGUCAUUCCUAUCAUUUGUUUGGCUAUUGUCCCAGUCACCCUCUUCAUAAUUGCGCAGUUCCGCCUUCUUGUUGACAUGUCCAUGUCAACUUACGGAGCUGGCAUCUUGGAUAGGAAAUGAAGCCUUGGUUAUAACUUUUAUUCAUUGUGCUAUAUUGUAUGUGUGUUUUAAUAAUUGUCACAAAAGCCAGAAAUGAUUUUUUUUCCCCUUGAACAGGAAACAAAUGAAUUAUGCACGAGCUGCAUCAUGUGUGAUUGAUUAUAAUUACAACUUAUAAAUCAUCAUUACUUUUCUUUAA